AUCAUCGAUAUAUAAACGACGGGCGCGCUAUUGAGCGUUAUAAAUAUAGGCAGAUGCUCUUGCGUCCACUAGCACAUUCGACAUUCUGCCGUCGUCGCGUAUCAACGUAAUUGUAAUCGUCGUUCUCGUUUGUUAAUUUUGAAUUGAACAACAAUGGCUCGCACCAAGCAGACUGCCCGCAAGUCGACCGGAGGUAAGGCGCCGCGCAAGCAGUUGGCAACGAAGGCCGCCCGCAAGAGCGCGCCGGCCACCGGUGGCGUCAAGAAGCCCCAUCGCUACAGGCCCGGCACUGUCGCUCUGCGCGAGAUCCGUCGCUACCAGAAGAGUACCGAGCUGCUGAUCCGCAAGUUGCCGUUCCAGCGUCUCGUUCGUGAGAUCGCUCAGGACUUCAAGACCGAUCUCCGUUUCCAGAGCUCCGCCGUGAUGGCCCUCCAGGAGGCGAGCGAGGCGUACCUGGUGGGACUGUUCGAGGACACCAAUCUGUGCGCCAUCCACGCGAAACGCGUUACAAUUAUGCCGAAAGACAUACAGCUGGCGCGUAGAAUUCGCGGAGAACGUGCCUAAAAAACAUCUACCUAUUUUGGUUUAGUUACGAGCAACGCCAGAUAGAAACAAAAACAAAAGGCCCUUUUCAGGGCCGCAAAAGUAUUCGGAUGCGAUCGAUAAUCAAUAAAUAUGAU